GAUAUCCUAUCCGUCAGAUGGAGCUGCCUCUGCAGGCGUCAACGAGUCAAUGAGUACAUAUGCACAUUACUACAUUGAGGAGUUGAAGGGAGGGACGAUCAACGGCCCUCAUUGUGUACCAAAGCCAAACAAUUGCACGCAACGGACACCCGCGAUUUCUCGCGUCACGCCUCACCCACCAUACUCGCUCUCCGCGUCUCUCUGUCAAACGCGCCGGUGCGGCGUCAGUUUGCUGCUGUCUGCACACUCACCUCUUCUCCAAGGCGCAUUCCAUUCAAUCGGUUCAGUAGCCGCAGCGGUGGCCUUGGUGGUAGUGGUGCCAACAGUGGGGUCUCAGCUGACAUCAGUGGUGGAGCCGAGAUGAAUGGCUGUAAACGCGGGUUGGCUCGCGACGAUGACCUUAAUAGCGACGUCGAAGCGAUAGAAGUGAAGAAGAUAAAACUGGCCCCCAUUUUCGCAUUUGGCAAACCUGAAACAAGCAAGGUCACCCGGCUAAGCCCAUUGCCUUCUGUCGUCGCUACUGAUGCGUCCUCGUCUGUAGCAACCUCGAGUAAGCACACAUAUCUUGCUACGAGUCCCCUAGCCAUCUCUCUGCCUACAUCGUUGCCCAACAAGAUCUGUUGGCAGAUACAUGGAGACAAUCAAACUUGUUUGGCGGGGACAUUCGGAGAACCUGCCGUUGAUUCGUUGCAAGCGCUGCACUCUAGUAGCUCGGCAAAGGGCAAGGGAAAGGCCGUCGUCGCCUUCUUCGACCUGGAUUGGACGUUAAUUAAGCCACAGGGGAACAAGAAGUGGCCAAGUCCAACGGAUGAGUUUGACUACGCAUUUCUCUUUCCCAAUGUGGUUCGGAAGUUGCAGGAAGAGUACCAGAAGGGGCGAAUUAUUGUUUUGUGCUCGAAUCAAUACCAGACACUCACAGGCUAUCGCAAGGCACGAGUCAACUUCAAGCCCGCUGAGACCGCCAAGAUGCAAGUGUGGCAACGUAAGCUGCUCAACAUUGUCCGAGCGCUGCGCAUCCCAUGCUACAUCUUUGCUGCGAUGGCCAAGGACGAGUUUCGCAAGCCGCACCGUGGGAUGUGGGAUGCAUUCCUGCAGAUAUGGGCGUGCGAUUUAGGCCGGGGGCGGACGGAACUCGCUAUGCUCGCCAGCGAGCCGAGUGGGGACGUCUCGUACUUUGUAGGUGACUUUGCUGGCCGCUUAAGCGACGGUGAGAAGGAUAAAGACUACAAGGACACGGACCGCAAGUUCGCCAUCAAUGCUGGCCUGCGCUUCUUCACCCCGGAAGAGUUCUUCCAAGGCGUCAAGCGCGGUGGAAGGCAAUUUGAGCUGCAAGGCUUCAACGCCAAGCAGUUCCUGGCACGGCAGAAUUCGACCUCGGAGGCUGCACCGUCGCUGCUGCCAAUAGGGACGACGGAGAUCGUGCUCUUCGUCGGACUGCCUGGAGCAGGCAAGAGCACUUACUUCAAUCGACACUUUCGACCGCAUGGCUACCAAUGGGUCAACCAAGAUAUCCUCAAGACAAGGGACAAGUGCCUGAAAGCUGUAACCCAGCAUGUGAAAGAAGGAAAGAGUUGCGUCGUCGAUAAUACAAACAGGGACAGGCAAACAAGAGCAUAUUACGUGAACCUCGCGACACGGCACAACGUGCCCAUUCGGUGUUUCCAGUUUGAUAUGAACAUCGAACAGGCUUGGCAUCAAAACGUAUAUCGAGCGUUCUCGCCCGAUAGCACAUCAAAAGUGAUUCCACCUAUCGCCUUCACCUCGUACUCGUCGGGCUAUCAGGAGCCGACCAAAGCGGAAGGCUUUGCGGAGGAAAUUCACCACGUGCCGUUUGUCUUUAGCGGGACAGAAGAGGAGCGCGAAAGAUACCUGCAGUGGUAUGCUACGCGCGACGAUUUCUGAGACAACGUCGUGCUAUCGCCUAUCAGAGCUUUAUGCUGUUCAGACCCACGGGAAUGCCCGAGGCCAACAGAAAACGAAAGGAAUGACGGAUUGCAGGCAGCAGGAGUCCGUAGACUGUCCUGUAUUUCAGCAAUUUCCGUAUUGUUGCAAUUAGGCGGGGAA